CUCGCGAUCACAAAAAAAAAAAAAGCUCCCUCCGUUCUCUUGGGAGGACGAAGUCCUCGACUCUCCUCUUCCUCCUCCCCCUCCCAUGUCCUCCCAUUCUCCUCCAAUCUGAAACCCUGUUCCUAAGCUCCUCGAUCCACAUCCAUGUCCUCUUCUCAACCACUUGGCGGCGCUUCCCGCGCCGGCCGCGUCCUUGGUCCUUACCUGGACCGCAUCAUCAAGAACGCGGCAUGGCGCAAACACUCCACCCUCGUCGCCUCCUGCAAAUCCAUUCUGGACCUCCUCGAAUCCCUCCCUGACUCCCCUCCCGAAAACACGUCACCGCUAGUCGGUCUUUCCACCUACGACGCUGACGCCGCUCUCCGACCCCUCAUUCUGGCCCUCGAUACCGCCUCUUCAAAAGUCGCAGAACCCGCCCUCGACGCAGUCCACCGUCUCUUCUCCCUCUCCCUCCUCCGCGCAGAGAUCGAGGAUGCAUCUGCCUCCGGCGACUCUGCCCCUGUUGUCGCUCGCCUCUUAGGAUCGGUCUGUGCUUGCGGGGGGCUUGGAGAGGAAUCUCUCGAGCUAGGCAUGCUGCGUGUACUCGUCGCGGCUGUCCGAUCCACGGUGGUUGUGCUCCGCGGGGAGUAUCUCGUCCAGAUCGUGAAGAGCUGCUACAAUGUGUAUUUGGGAAGCCAGAGUGCUGUCAACCAGUUGUGUGCAAAGACUGCUCUGGUUCAGAUCCUGAUGAUUGUCUUCGCUAGGGUGGAGGCCAAUGGAGUGGAUGUCACGAUCAAAACGGCAUUGAUGGCCGAUGUAUUGGAUCUGGGGGAUAAGAGCUUAAAUGACUCUAAUAUCGUGCAGGCGGCGAGGACUUUUAUAAACGAAGCUAUGGGAGGGGAUGAAGUAGAGGUCACGGAGGAGAAAACGCUAGAGUGUGAAGUUGGAGAGGGUGAUGUCGGCGGUGACGCUGGUGGGAUGAGUAAGAUUAGGGAAGAUGGUUUUCUUUUAUUCAAAAAUUUGUGUAAAUUUUCCAUGAAGUUUGCUGCGCCAGGGGAAAAUCCGGAGGAUCCUAUUCUGUUGAGGGGGAAGGUGCUGUCUUUGGAGCUGUUGAAGAUGGUGAUAGAAAAUGCAGGGACAUUCUGGCUUGUAAAUGAGAGGUUUCUUUGGGCUAUUAAGCAGUACCUUUGCUUAUCAUUGUUGAAAAACAGUGCAUUGUCAGUGAUGACUAUCUUCCAGCUUCUAUGUUCUAUUUUCAUGGUUUUAUUGUUUAAGUUUAGAUCGGGUCUGAAAGGCGAGAUUGGGAUUUUCUUUCCCAUGCUUGUCUUAAGAGUUCUUGAGAACGUGCUUCAACCAAGUUUCUUGCAGAAAAUGACAGUCCUAAAUUUGUUGGAAAAGAUGUGUCAGGAUCCACAGCUUAUCAUAGAUAUUUUUGUGAACUAUGAUUGCGAUGUCGAGGCACCAAAUAUAUUUGAAAGGAUCGUCAAUGGGCUCCUAAAGACUGCUUUAGGAGUGCCCGCUGGAUCCUCAACAACAUUGUCGGCUGCUCAAGAUGCUACUUUUCAGACUGAAUCUGUCAAGUGCCUUGCUACUAUUGUGAAGUGUAUGGGAACUUGGAUGGACCAGCAAUUGAGAAUUGGGGAUUUUUCCACACGAAGUUAUGAUAUUGAUCAUUCGACUGAGAACUCCAAUGCUAUUAAUGGAGAAGAGGGAACUAGUAUGGAUUAUGAUCUACACACUGACACAAACUCUGGUUUGUCAGAUGCUGCCUCGCUUGAGCAAAGGCGGGCUUACAAAAUAGAAUUUCAGAAAGGUAUUUCACUGUUUAAUAGGAAACCUUCUAGGGGUAUUGAAUUCCUGAUUAAUACUAAGAAGAUAGGAGGUUCUCCGGAGGAAGUUGCUUCAUUUCUAAAAAAUACGACUGGUCUAAAUGCAACCAUGAUUGGAGAUUUUCUGGGAGAAAGGGAUGAAUUUCCUCUAAAAGUUAUGCAUGCUUAUGUGGAUUCUCUAAACUUUGAGCGUAUGGAUUUUGGGGAAGCUAUUAGAUUUCUUUUACGAGGAUUUAGAUUGCCUGGAGAAGCGCAGAAGAUUGACCGCAUCAUGGAAAAGUUUGCAGAGCGCUAUUGCAAAUGCAAUCCCAGUGCUUUUGUUAGUGCAGAUACAGCUUAUGUGCUUGCAUAUUCGGUAAUAAUGCUUAAUACAGAUGCACAUAAUAGCAUGGUCAAGGAUAAGAUGUCAAAAUCUGAUUUCAUUCGCAACAAUCGGGGGAUAGAUGAUGGAAAGGAUUUGCCAGAAGACUAUCUGGGUUCCUUGUAUGACCAAAUUGUGAAGAAUGAAAUAAAGAUGAAUGCUGAUACCCCAGCUCCACAGAACAAGCAGGCUAGCAGCAUCAACAAGCUAUUGGGUUUAGAUAACAUCCUCAACUUGGUCAACUGGAAGCAAACAGAAGAGAAAGCGUUAGGUGCAAAUGACAUGCUAAUCAAACAUAUCCAAGAACAAUUUAAAGAAAAAAGCGGAAAAUUAGAGUCUAUGUUUUAUUCCAUCACUGAUACAGCCAUCUUGAGAUUUAUGAUGGAAGUUUGCUGGGCACCAAUGAUGGCUGCUUUUAGUGUGACGCUUGACCAGAGUGAUGACAAGGCUGCCACAUCCCAGAGCUUGCUAGGCUUUAGAUAUUCUGUGCAUGUUACAUCCUUCAUGUAUAUGCAAACACAGAGAGAUGCAUUUGUUACAUCGGUCGCCAAGUUUACAUACCUCCAUUGUGCUGCUGAUAUGAAGCAAAAGAAUGUUGAUGCUGUCAAGGCUAUACUGUCGAUUGCCCUUGAGGAUGGUAAUUACUUGCAAGAAGCAUGGGAGCAUGUAUUAACUUGCCUUUCACGGUUUGAACAUUUACUCCUGUUAGGGGAAGGCGCACCACCAGUUGCUUCAUUCUUCUCUGCGUCUAUCCCUGAUUCGGAUGAUAAGUUACAGAAGUCUCCCCUAGCUCCAAACUUGAAGAAAAAGGGAAAUGCUCUCCAAAACUCAGCAGUAAUGGCUGUUGUUCGUGGGGGUUCAUAUGAUAGUGCGUCGGUAGGAUCUAAUUCUAAUAUUACAGGGUUGGUUUCUCCGGAGCAGAUAAACAACUUUAUUUCAAAUAUACAUUUAUUAGACCAGAUUGGAAGCUUUGAGCUGAACCACAUAUUUGCCCAUAGUCAAAGAUUGAAUGGUGACGCUAUAGUAGCUUUUGUAAGAGCCCUUUGUAAGGUUUCCAUGGCAGAAUUGCAGUCCCCUACAGAUCCUCGUGUUUUCAGCCUCACCAAAAUAGUAGAAAUUGCGCACUAUAAUAUGAAUCGCAUCAGAUUAGUUUGGUCUCGCAUUUGGAGUGUUCUUUCUGAUUUUUUUGUAUCAGUUGGUUUGUCAGAAAAUCUUUCAGUUUCUUUUUUCGUUAUGGAUUCAUUGCGGCAGUUGGCUAUGAAGUUCCUUGAAAGAGAGGAGUUGGCAAACUAUAAUUUUCAGAAUGAAUUUUUGAGACCUUUUGUAGUCAUCAUGCAGAAAAGCACUUCUUCAGAAACCAGGGAGUUGAUUGUUAGAUGUAUUUCUCAGAUGGUUUUGAGUCGAGUUAGUAAUGUGAAAUCUGGAUGGAAAAGUGUUUUUAAGGUAUUUACUAUUGCUGCUGCUGAUGAGCGAAAAACUAUUGUCCUAUUAACUUUUGAUACCAUGGAGAAAAUAGUUCGAGAUUAUUUUCCCUAUAUAACAGAGACUGAGACUACAACUUUCACAGACUGUGUAAAGUGCCUUAUCACAUUCACAAAUAGUAAAUUCAAUAAUGAUGCCAGCCUUAAUGCUAUUGCGUUUCUUCGCUUCUGUGCUGUUAAACUUGCUGAAGGAGGACUUGUUUGCUAUGAUAAAAACAAUGAAUGUAAUUAUGCCAAUGGAGAUGUCUCUGAGGGAAAUAUUUCAAAUUACAAAGAUAAUCAUAUUUACUUAUGGGUUCCUUUGCUUGCUGGUUUGUCAAAAUUAACAUCAGAUCCAAGGACAACUAUCAGAAAGGGCGCUUUGGAGGUACUGUUUCACAUUUUAAAGGAUCAUGGACACCUGUUCUCGAGCACCUUCUUGAUCUACAUUUUCAAAUCUGCCAUAUACCCAAUUUUUAAAGAAAAUCAAAUGCAUGAUGGUCAAAUCUCAUCUGAAGAUGGUUAUGAGCAACUAGGUGAAGAACCAUCUAAUGCUGAAAUAAGAACAGUGGCGGCAGGAUGCUUGAUCGACUUACUUGUAACAUUUUUUGAUGUUGCUCGCUCUCAAUUUAUGCAUGUGGUAGAAAUUCUAUCCAGUUAUAUUAGCAGUCCUUAUCGGCAAUCUUCAAGCACUGGUGUAGCUAGUUUGCUACAGUUGACUGAGCAUCUUGGAAGAAAUCUCUCAGAUGCAGAAUGGAGGCAUAUUUUGUUGGCCCUAAAAAAUUCAGCUACAUCUUGUUUUCCUGUAGCUAAACAAAUUGCGGAUACUAUGUCUAAAGUUGAGAUACCAGAUAGAUUUCAAUCUUACUCUGAUGCAGGAGACUAUUCAGAUCAGGAAUCCGUCAUUGAUGAUGAAGAGGAUGCUAAUAUGGAAAAAGCAUCAUAUGCUAUAGUGAGAUUGAAGAACCAUAUAGCAGUUCUAUUUUCAAUCAUUGAGACUGUCCAAAAAUUAUAUGAGCUGCACCGAAAAGUGUUCUCAUCAACUCAUAUCACCAUUUUCUUGGACAUUCUAUCAUCCAUCGCAUCCCAUGCAAGUGAAGUGAACUGCCACACCACCUUACUUCAUAAGCUGGAGAGACUCUGCUCCCUGCUGGAGAUUCCUGAGCCACCUUUAGUCCAUUUCGAGAAUGAAUGCCAUCAGAGCUAUCUCAAUAUAUUGAAGAAAAUGCUGAUAGAUAACGUUCCAGUCUCAGAGGAAACAUGCCUCAAAUCUCUAAUUGUUUCAGAAUGCCAGAAUAUGUUAAAUAUUUACUUAAUCUGUGCGGGAUUUGGAUCAGGAAAACAUUCUACAGAUAAAAAUCUGAAGUUACAAAGAGUUCUACCUUUGGUUUCUUCAAAGAAAGAGGAACUGGCAGCCAGAUCUUCUCUUGUUGUGAUGGCCAUUAAAGGAUUGAAGGAUCUUGACAGUGAUACAUUUCGACGAAACCUGCAACUCAUUUUCCCUCUGCUGGUCGAUCUUCUUCGUUGCGAACAUGGCUCACGAGAAGUGCUUCUGGUGCUGUCUGAUAUCUUUCAAUCAUCAAUAGGUCCUGUAAUAUCUACACUGUAAAUAUUUACUUACUUGCAAAUGCAUUCCUCUUAACACUAUUUAUAAUUAUUCUUUAUUUUUUUGUUAACAAUUUAUGUGUCUCCCAUUUUGGUAGAAUUUAUGGCACUGAUGAUGGUAGUGAAAUUGGGCUGUAUGGGGCACUGUGAGUUGAAAAACCUUAUGGUGUGAACUGCACACAUUAGAAUUUGUUGUUU